UUUGUCAAAUCCAUUAUUCAUUAUUAAACAUUAUACAACACCAAAAUUUUCUAGUAAAAUGGCGACUCCCGAUUCCAGCAGUUUCUUUUAUAACAGUAUGUUAGCCAAGAGUCUUGUCCAACUAUUACCCAGCCAUGAAAAACGUCCUUUAAGAGACUGGUUUACUAAACUCAACGAACUAGUGAAUACACCGAAAGAACUGGAGUUGAGGGACGAGUAUAUAUGGUUCAUACUUAUGAUGUUGCAGUGCCAAAAAAUUCGAGAACCGUUUGAUAAUCCUCCUCCAGCUCAAAUAGGGGAUCUCAGAGAUAUAGUUCCUGCGAAAGUAUACGAAGAGAUCCUAGUAGCGAAUAGUGAAAACAUGACGUGGGUGGACAAAGUAGGUGCCGAACAGAAACCGGCGGGCGCAGAGGGCGCAGCGGGCGCUGGACCCAACGAAGAGCAGGAGAGAAAGCAAUGGUGCGCUCCAGGAACUUUUCUGGAUAAUCAACCACUGCCACAGGAAGGAAUAAUAUGCUAUAUGUCUACCUUCAGCGAUCAAUCCUAUCCCUAAAUUCACUUACAAAAAAAUUUCAUGACAAAUAUUCAUAAUUAUGUCUACUUUAUUAAAUUUUCUUCUUCGUAUUAA